UGCUUGCCCAUUUAUGCCCGUCCCAUCACUCCAGCAUCUAGGUACAUACCACGCCCCUCCAGCUCCCAAUCCCUCAUCACCAUCACCAUCAUCAUCAUCACCAUCGUCGGCAGCAUCUAUAUAUGCACAAGCCCGUAUUUACAGACACGACAGCACCGCCCUGGGCUCCAACAAUCCAAUCCAAUCCAAUCCUACUACACUCAGUCCAAAGCAAUCCAAAGCAGUUCCGUCGCACAUCCAUCAAUCCAUUCAAGCGUAACACGAAAAACGAGAGAGACAGAGAGAGAGAAAACGAGACUAGAGACAGCAGACAGAAAGACAAGCAACGGGCAACGGCGCCCGCUCCCGCCCAACCAGCUCGGUCGGAGCCGCUCCGGUCGGUCGGGGACAGUCGUCAGCCAAAGGCCCUAAGCAUUCAAUGGUUCGGUCGGCCAACCGCCGGCGCGGGCAGCAGCCCGGACCGAGCGCAACCAGAGUUUGGUCUAACGGGCAGCGCGCCAGGCAUCCUUCGCGCGCGGCGGAGGAACCAACGACGAAAAGAGGAAGGAAAAAAAAAAAAAAGAAGAAAAAAGUGCGAUUCCUUUCCUUGCACGCUGACAUCGGCGGCGCUUUUCUUUUUCUUUUUCUUUUCUGCUCGGGCGCCAGAGCGCGCGCGCCAAUGGCACGUUCCGGGCCGCGGCCAACCGGCUAACGACACGAUAUGGUCUGGGGACCUGGACCUGACCAACACCUUUGCAUUCAUCCAUCAAUCAAUCAAUCACUACGCAACCCCAGUGAGCCCAAACAAUUCCUUUCCUUUCCAAAAAACAAAAAAAAAAAAAAAAAAAAAAAAAAAAAAAACGUCGAUGCGAUAACAAAGCAUGUGACCAUGCAAGAAGAAACCAAAAAAGCGCGCGCUGCGGUUGUUAGGCGCGCUGGGGGUAUAGAACAAGCGCUUUCCAAAACGGCGCAAAAGGUUGCGGAAUGCGGAACCGGGGUUCCAUGCAAGAAAGAAAGAAAGAGAGAAAGAGCGCGCAGCGUGGUUUGCGCCCAACAUUCAAGAUUAUAUAUAUGCAUGCAGCAAGAAGGCGUACAGGA